GGAGAGCUGACCCGUGGUUCCCCCUCCUUCCUCCUGCAUGUUCUGUCUCUUGGUUCUCUGUACUUUUCUCUCUCCUGCUGACUCCUCCCUGCGCGCGGCGCCUCCUCAAACUUUUGCCGUGCAGAGCUUAGAAGCAGCGCGCGCCGCUCCACUCGCCCUCACACCUCCCCAGGUCAUUCAACACAGAACCAGCCUGGAGACGGAGAAAGAGCUCACCGGAUUAUUUACCAAAUCAAAGGUUUGUGUUUGUACGAGAAGAGUACAGUUCCCUAGCUCUCGAAAUGAGGGAACAAAACUAAUAAGAAGCGACACGCUGUGAUCGACUGUAUUUGAAACUGUUCUCUUGUGCCUUUUAAGUGACUAUAAACUGUUUCGCUGAGUGCGGCAGUCAUGGGCUCUUUGGUGGAUCUGCGCGCUCUCGCGCUGCUCCUAGUAUGCGGCUGCGCUGUUCUGGCCGACGCAGUCUUCACAAACUUCACUUUGGACAACGAAGUCCACUCGAGCUUUAUCCAGCGGCGCCUGAAGAGCCAAGAGCGGCGGGAGAUGCAGAGAGAGAUCCUGUCCAUCUUGGGCUUACCGCACCGGCCGCGGCCGCACCUCCACGGCAAGCACAACGCCGCGCCCAUGUUCAUGCUGGACCUGUACAACGCCAUGUCUACGGAAGGCGACGAGAUGGGCUAUUCGUACCCGUACAAGCCCGUCUUUACCACUCAGGGACCACCUAUCGCAACCCUCCAGGACAACAACUUCCUUAACGACGCUGACAUGGUCAUGAGCUUUGUCAAUCUAGUGGAACACGAUAAGGAGUUUUUGCCCGUACGCCGCCACCACAAGGAAUUCCGAUUUGACCUGUCCAAGAUUCCGGAGGGCGAAGCUGUAACAGCUGCAGAGUUUCGGAUCUAUAAGGACUUCAUCCCAGAACGCUUUGACAAUGAGACCUUCCGGAUAAGUGUGUAUCAAGUGCUGGAGGAGCAUUCAGACAGGGAGUCUGACCUGUUUCUGCUGGACUCGCGUGUGAUUUGGGCUGCAGAAGAGGGCUGGCUGGUGUUUGACAUCACUGCCACCAGCAACCACUGGGUGCUGAACCCAGGCCGUAACCUGGGCCUACAGCUGGCUCUGGAGAGUGUUGAUGGUCAGAGUGUGAACCCGAGGGUGGCAGGCCUGAUUGGCCGCAGCGGUCCUCAGAGUAAACAGCCCUUCAUGGUGGCCUUCUUCAAAGCCACUGAGGUCCACAUCCGCAGCAUACGCUCGGCACAGGGCGGCAACAAACAACGCAGCCCCAACCGUUCCAAACCCAUCAAAGCCCAGGAGGCACUGCGUGUAGCCAACAUUGCAGAAAACAGCAGCACUGAUCAGAAGCAGGCCUGUAAGAAGCAUGAGCUGUACGUCAGCUUCAAAGAUCUUGGGUGGCAGGACUGGAUCAUUGCUCCAGAAGGCUAUGCAGCGUAUUACUGUAUGGGAGAGUGUGCCUUUCCACUCAAUUCCUACAUGAAUGCCACAAACCAUGCCAUCGUACAGACACUGGUUCACUUCAUUAACCCAGAAGUAGUUCCCAAGCCGUGUUGUGCCCCCACACAACUACACGCCAUCUCUGUGUUGUACUUCGAUGACAGCUCCAAUGUCAUUCUGAAGAAAUAUCGCAACAUGGUGGUUAGAGCCUGUGGCUGCCACUAGACUCCAGUCUCUGUCUCUCAUUCUGUCUGUUACUCACACACACAAACAAACACACAAACAAACACACAAACGUACAGAAACGCAUUAACAUACAACACUUGCACAGAUUCAGAAAUGCCAGACGUGCAUGUCCACAUGCUGAGCUAAAUGGCCCUCUUUUGCAUUAUUUCUUAUCAGUUCGGCAGCUCAAAAGAACUUAUUUUUUGUGCUUUUAAACCCAUGAACUAAAGUUAAGAGAUCCGUUUUUAAAUUUUUAAAUUACAUUUAAAAUGUCAAAAAAUGUGGAACAGAUGUUUGUAAUGGAAUUAAAUGUUCCAACACAACUGCACACACAUACACACACACACGCAUACACAAUCAAGUUCCUUGUGCUUUCUACUGUGUAAAUAGUUUUUCAAUGAAAGAAACAAAGUGUAUUUAUUUUUUCUUGAUUUUUGAACAUGGAGUCAAAACACA